AUGUCACUCACACGUACAAAUAACGGCCACCCUGUCUACACCAUUACCCUCAUCUGCAAAGGGGGCCUUUCAUGCACUGUGUCCCCUGUGACCCGCCUUCCAGGAAAAACCACGCUCAUUAAGGCCCUGACAGACGACGAUGCUGUCCAGCCCCGGGAUCAGCUGUUUGCGACACUGGACAUCACAGCCCAUGCUGGGUGGCUGCCCUCCCGCAUGGCUGUCAUUUACAUGGACACCAUCGGCUUCCUCUCCCAGCUGCCCCACAGCCUGAUUGAGUCCUUCUCCGCUACCCUGGAAGACGUGGCUCAUUCAGAUCUGAUCGUCCACGUGAGAGACGUGAGCCACCCUGAGACGGAGCUGCAGAAAGCCAGCGUUCUGUCCACCCUGCGCGGCCUACACCUGCCCGCCCCGCUCCUGGACUCCAUGCUGGAAGUUCAUAACAAGGUGGACCUGGUGCCUGGGUGUAGCCCGGCGGGACCACAGGCUGUCGCCGUGUCCGCUCUCCUGGGGCACGGGCUCCCGGAGCUGAGAGCCCGGCUGGAAGAUGCCGUUCUGAGAGCCACGGGAAGACAGGUCCUCACCCUCCGGGUCCGGCUGGCGGGCACGCAGCUGAGCUGGCUGCAUCGGGAGGCCACGGUGCAGGAGGUGGACGUGAUUCCCGAGGCCGGCGUGGCUGACGUCAGGGUCGUCAUCAGCAGCUCCGCCUACGGCAAGUUCAGGAAGCUCUUCCCCGAGUGAGUGGACACUGUGUGGGUUCAGCCGUCCACUGAAGCGGCCGCCGUCCCCUCCGUGGCUGCUCAGGGUGGAAGGGCUGGUGGCUGCCUGCUGUGGCUGGAAGUCAAAGCUCAGCUUGCAGGCAGACUGAGCGGUUCUGGUUCCUGGGGGAUCGAGCAUGCCUCGUGAGAGCUGGCGUCCCUCCCGCAGCGUUUGGGCUACAAGAUAUUCAAAGCUCUGCUCGUGUUUGUAGACCAGUCUUCCUGCUGCUUCCGUGUGUGAGCCGCCCUGCGGAGGUCCUGCCCGUGGUGGCCGUGGGAGGGCCAGUUGGGGUUUCCCCAUCUGCUGUGUGUGACAGACUCACAGCUGCUCCCCACGGAGCGUCCUGGACAUUGUGACAGUCUCUCGGCCACCCAGAAGUCUCUGCACGGGUCGAGGAGAAAACACGGUGUGUCACUGAAUCAGCACAAAGCCGGGAUUCUCCACGCUCACAGGCAGCCGGCUCCGACGAGGGAGAGACAGGAGGGACCUCGCCUUCCCCACGGCCUGUCACGGACCUGGGCUGUCUUCACCGCAGGUCCCAGGACACACACUCUGCGGCGCAGAACUGGACGCCAGUCCCUCCACUUUUAGAGACAUUCGUACACGUCUGAGCGUGGCGCCGUUGCCCGUUCUCUGGAGGGAACACUGACAUGAGAGGCCUCUCUGUUGCCGCCCUGGGGAAUGCUUCACUUCGUUUUCCCCCUUCGAAGUGUGUUCACCCUUACAGCAGUGUUUUGUAAGUGAUUCCAGAUUUCAGCAUUCAGGGAUUAAAAAUUAAAAAAAAAUCUGUAGCCUGCCUCGGGGCAUGCAGGGGGGUGUGUUUUUCCUGAAGACAGGAGAGCCUUCUCCUUACUCGAGUCCUGAGAUGUGAGGACAGAGCAGAGGCUGAGUCGGGGAAACUGAGGUCCCCACGGUGCUGGUGUGGAAGAAUGAGGAGGAGCCGGGAUCGAGGAAAGC